AUGUUUGAUUCAUGGAAGAACUGGAAGUGGAUAAAGUCCUCGAAUGAUGAGCUGGAGAGCGCGGAGAAGAGGAUUAUGGAGACCAUCACCACUCCAUUCGAACAAAAGAUGGUCAAGGUUGGAGAGUAUCAGAUCAACACAAUCAAGGCUGGCAAGGGUGAGCCACUGCUUCUUAUACAUGGUUAUGGAGCCGGUGUCGGCUUCUGGUGUGCCAACAUAGACUUCCUUGCACAACAUUAUACAGUAUAUGCUAUUGACUUGCUGGGCUUUGGCAGGAGUUCAAGACCUGAUGUUUCGGACUUAAAGACAAGUGAGGAGGCUGAGAACCUGUGGAUCACAUCCAUUCAUGGAUGGUCUGAGCAGGUUGGUCUGGAGAAGUUCAAUCUACUCGGUCACUCACUGGGAGGAUACAUCUCCACCUGUUUCACUCUCAGACAUCCAGAGAAGGUAAAGAGCCUUGUAUUGGCCGAUGCCUGGGGAUUCGCAGAGCGUCCAUCAAACUAUGAAGACAGAAUAUCACUACCAUUUAAACUACUAUUCAAGUUCGUAAGCCCAGAGGUACCUCUAAGCAUGCUUAGAACGUUUGGACCAUUUGGACAGGACCUUAUAUAUAAAUGCCGACAGGAUCUCUUGAACAAAUUCCAACACAUAUUCCCAGACGAUGGCAUGCAGAACAAUACAACGCAUCCGAAUCGCGUUGCUCAAUAUAUAUAUCAUGCCAAUGCACGCGAGCCAGCCACUGGCGAGUGCCUCUUUGGUCUGCUGACUCUGCCCUACGGCUGGGCUGCCAACCCGCUGAUCAACCGCAUCAAGGCCAUCCACCCAUCGAUCGACGUCACUCUCAUGUACGGCUCCAACACCUGGAUCGAUCACAACACUGGCGUCAUCCUCAAAGAGAAGAUGGACAACAUCAAGGACGUUGUCAUCAUUGAGGACAGCGGCCAUCACGUGUACAUCGACAACAUUAACCAAUUCCACUCCUCCAUUCUCAAGGCAACGCUGCCAAAGGAUCGCCGAGACCAGCUCUUUGCCGAUCCAACCAGUUUAUAA